GUUUGGUUCAGCAUUUCUAAAAGAGGAGGAGGAAGCUGUGGAGUGUGGAAGUGCAUAAGACUGGAACGCCUUGAUACUGAGUGACUGUAACGACUGGAUCAUCCAGAAUGAAAAUGGAGGAAGAUCCAGUGAAGACACAAGAACGGGGAGCCAACGGUGGCUGCAAAGAUGUUCACAUCCUCCAAAAGGGAACUCUUGGAGAAGUCUUGGAAAGAAUACCUGAAGGAGUUCUGGUUAAACAGGAGCCAGCUGAGGGCUCCCUUCAGCAAUGGGAAGUCCAAUGGCAGGAAUUCCUCAAGACUAUGGAAAGCCCUCAGUCUCAUUGGGUAAUCCCAGAGUUGCCUCAGGAACUCGCCCCGUGGGAUGACGCCGCAGCCUUUCUGGCCUCCUUUGAGCAAGUGGCUGAAGCCUGUCGGUGGCCCAAGGAAGAGUGGGUGACCCGACUCUUCCCAGCUCUCAAUGGAGACCCUGAACAUGCAUUUAGCAACUUGGAUAUCCACGAUAGAGGCGAUUACCCAAAGGUUAAGGCGGCCAUCUUGCGUGGUGAUGCCAUGCGGAGGGAGAAGCAGCGCCAAUAUUUCCGCCAUUUCUGUUACCUGGAGGCUGAGGGGCCUAGAAGGACAUAUAGCCGACUCCAGGAACUUUGUCACGGAUGGCUGAGAGUGAAGAAACAGACCAAAGAGCAGAUCUUGGAGCUCUUGAUUCUGGAGCAGUUCCUAACCAUCCUGCCGCCAGAGAUCCAAAGCUGGGUGAGGGAAAGCGGCCCAGAGAACUGCACACAAGCAGUGGUCCUGGCCGAGGAGUUCCUGCAGAUGCAGCAGGAGGCCCACAGAGCGAAACAACAAGUGAUGACAAAACGCAAGGAGGUGGCUGUGAAUCCCUUAGAACCAGAAGUGGCUUUGAUUGGGCCUGAGGAGAGGCAGCCACUACAGGAGGCCCAGCCAGAGAUCAGUGAGGAAGCCAGACUUCACGGCUACAUCCAGGUGAGAAAGCAUAAAGGGAAAACCAGUCCUAUGGACUGUUUGGAACUGAUGGAAACAGGUGGUGCAUUCCAAAGGACAGCAAUGGAGACCAUCUCUGAGAGAGGAGGAAGAUCUCAGGAGACCUCCAAUAUGCAGCAGAGAGCCCCUCCAAAGAACAGGCUGUGCAAAUUCACUCCUGGUGGGGCAAAGAGGAUUCUCAACGAAAGCCUAGCAGGGCCCAAAAAUGAGACCUACACUGUUGUUGAGGGAACCUUCAGAGAGGAACUGAUCCCUCCCAGACCUGAAGGACUCCCAGAUCAGGACUCACUCUUACAGGGUGGAAGAAACGUCAUUCGCAAGGACCUGCUGAUGCGACAUCAGCGAAUCCAUGCAUUGGACAAACCACGAAAAUGUUUAUACAGUGGGAAGACCUUCUCUCCAAGGCCAAGCCUGAUACUUCAUGAGAGAACCCAGGCUGAGGAAAAGCCCUUCCAGUGUUCUAGCUGUGGGAAGCGCUUCACUCGAAAUUCCCUCCUAAUUAAACAUGAAAAGACCCACGGAGGAGAGAAACUCUACAACUGUUCGGCCUGCGGAAAGGUGUUUGUUUAUAGCUGGAACCUCAUCAAACACAAAAAGAAGCACACAGGGGAAAAACCAUAUCAGUGCUCGGCCUGUGGGAAAACCUUCUUUGAGCGCUCAGACCUCCUCAGGCAUGAAAGAACACAUACAGGAGAGAGACCAUAUAAGUGCUCGCUCUGUGAGAAGUGCUUCAGUCAGAAGUGGCUGCUGAUUAAACAUCAAAGAACCCACAUGGAAUAGAGGAAUGUUCAGCUGAGGCCGCUUUUAUUAUAAAAGUACAGAAGGAAAUUUAUAUACGUGUUUAGCACUUGGGAGGGACUGCAUGAGAGACCAUAUGACUGUUUCUCAGAUUAGAAAAUAAUUAUUUAGGAUUCCACAAAACAGUUGUCCCAAACCUUGUUGAGGUUGUGGACAUUUUGGAAUUUUAAGAACAGGCACAACCACAAAAUGGUUGCCGUAGAGAACACAAGUAACCACAAGAGAUAGGCAAGCUAAGUGCUUGCUUCAGGCAGGCAGUCUCAUGCUAGUGGGCCUUCCCGUCUACCAUUACCUCUCAGGCUGAUGAGAAAAACAGUGGGGGUGGAAAUGACAUCAGGCUUUGUGCCAAUGUCACGUUCAGACAAAAACCCAGAUGUGGUGCCAAAUGUCAACUGAUGUUCUAGGAACUCUGUGGUAAUGCCAGUUUCUAGAACAGUGAUUCUCAACCAGGGUUCUGUGGUACCCUGGGGUACCAUGAGCACGUCCCAGGGGUACCAUGACAAUGCUACCG